AUGCUUCUUCCUCACUCUCCUGAUCAACCUAUCCACUUUGGGUGCAAAUUCAAAAUGAUGGUCAAGCAAGGCUAUCACAGCGGUGGUGCAGGAUAUGUUCUCAGCCGUGAAGCUUUGCGAAGAUUUGUGAAUGAAGGUCUUAGUGAUGCAGAGAAAUGUUCCCCCAAGGAAGGUGGAGAGGAAGAUGUUGAAAUAGGAAGUUGUUUAGAGAAAAUAGGAGUGUACGCAGGAGAUUCUCGGGAUAGUUCACAGCAUCACAGGUGCCUUCUUAGUGUUAUAACUUCUCUUCCAACUUUGAAAUCUGUCGUUAGGUUUAUGCCGAUGGCUCCCGAGGAACAUCUCAUGGUAGGCAAUGUAGAAAAGACAAUGUGGGUGUUUGCCUACACCUACUAUCCGUUUGAACAAGGCCCAAAUUGCUGCUCUGGUAGGCAUCUUGCAAACCAAAUCUAA